GGCGGGGUCUGUUGCUGUGAUACGGUAAACUCAUGAGUCCGAUAUGAGGCAGCAGCAAGAACUCGAGAAAACCUCAAACUAGAAAAAGAGUUUUCAGUGUUAGAAAUUGAGACCACAUCAUGGAGAUUGUGUAUGUGUACACUAAGAAGCGGAGUGAGUUUGGCCGCCAGUGUAACUUCUCAGACAGGCCGGCUGAGCUGCAUGUGGACAUUCUGCCUGACCCCUCUCUGGCUGCCAACUUCAUAGACAGGGAUCCCUGCGAUGUGCCCAUACAGUGCACACAGGAAAUGUCUGAGCAUGAGGUGAACACAGAGCGCAUUGAGUAUGAGACAUGUGGGAUAAACCAUGUGGAAGGUGGGUGGCCAAAGGAUAUCAACCCCCAGGAAAUGGAACAGACCAUUCGCUUUAGGAAGAAAGUGGAGAAGGAUGAGAACUAUGUGAACACUAUUAUGCAGCUGGGGAGUCACAUGGAGCAUUGCAUCAGACAAAACAAUGCCAUUGAUAUCUAUCAGGAGUACUUUGAGGAGGAGGAAGUAGUGGAGGAGACAGAGGAACAGCCCUCUGCCAAAACCAUCAAUGUGUUCAGAGACCCUAAUGAGGUGAAACGCACUGCCACCAGCCUGUCUUGGCACCCUGAUGGUAGUCAUAAGCUGGCUGUGGCUUAUUCCUCUCUGGAGUUCCAGAAAGUCACCAAAGACAUGAGUUAUGAUUCCUACAUCUGGGACAUUGAAAACCCCAAUAAACCUGAGAUGACCCUGAAACCUGUCUCUCCACUUGUUUGUCUGGAAUAUAACUCCAAAGACUCACACAUUCUAGUUGGAGGAAGCUACAAUGGACAAAUAGCCUACUGGGAUACACGGAAAGGCAGCCAGCCAGUUGAGAUGUCCACCAUUGAGCACAGCCAUAGAGACCCAGUCUAUAAGGUCAUCUGGCUGCAGUCAAAGACAGGCACAGACUUCUUCUCAGCUUCCACGGAUGGUCAGGUGCUGUGGUGGGACAUUCGGAAAAUGAGCGAGCCCACAGAAAGACUGGUGCUGGACCCUACCAAGGAGGGGAAACUGGAAAAUGCACUGGGGGCCAUUUCACUGGAGUUUGAAACCACCAUGCCCACAAAGUUCAUGGUUGGGACUGAACAGGGGCUGGUGGUCUCAUGUAACCGUAAAGCAAAAACUCCGGCUGAGAAGAUAGUAUGCACAUACAGUGGCCAUCAUGGGCCCAUCUAUGCCCUUCAGAGGAACCCCUUCUUCCCCAAGAACUUUCUGACCGUGGCUGACUGGACAGCCCGCAUCUGGUCUGAGGACAUUAGAGAAUCUUCCAUCAUGUGGACCAAAUACCACACGGCCUCCCUGUCAGAUGGAUGUUGGAGCCCUGUUAGACCUUCUGUCUUCUUUACUGUCAAAAUGGACGGCACGUUAGAUGUAUGGGACUUCCUGUUCAAGCAGAACGACCCCACACUCAGUCUAAAAGUGUGUGAUGAGGCUCUGUACAGCAUACGGGUGCAGGAUAAUGGGCGUUUUCUGGCCUGCGGCUCACAGCUGGGCACUGCCACGCUGUUGGAGAUAUCCUCAGGCCUUUGCACGCUGCAGAAAAAUGAGAAAGCGCUGGCUGCAAUGAUGUUUGAACGGGAGACAAAGCGGGAGAAGAUUCUGGAGGCUCGUCAUAGAGAGAUGCGACUUAAGGAGCGCAGCCGCUCGGAGCAGAGCAAAGAGGACGAGGCCAAAGAGGGAGAGGGAGAGGAGAGUUCUGAGGAGCUGGUGGCCCGCGUAGAGAAAGAGUUCUACGAGAUGAUGGAGGCAGAGAUGAAGAAUAGAGGGAAAGAUGAGAAAAAAGAGAAAGAGCUAGAUAAGGUCAGGAACGGGGAAUGUUAAGAGAAGGGUGUGUGUGAGGAGAAGGAGUCGUGAGAAGAAGCUGCACCUGCACAACCUCGCCUCCUCUCAGCCACGCCGCGUUCUUAGAGACAAAGAGAAGAAACAUUUUGUACACCGGAGCUCUCACUUGCCUCAAAAAUCAACUGCAGAGCUUGCACAGUUAUUUAUGUUUACUAAGGCACAGUUGAAACUGCUGUUUCAAAAAUGAAAAUUGUGUUUUGCACAUUUUUUUCUUCUAUACAUUCUGGUUUGUCUGCAGCAGCAUUCUAGCAUUAAUUCAGGAUCAGUUCAGGAGGUGCCUUCAGUUCAAAGGGUAAAUUUAUUAUUUGAAAAUUUCACACAAACAUAUAUCAUCACAAGUGAAUUACAGUUUGAAUUUCAACU